AUGACGACUUGGACUUUCGAGAAAUUCGUGUAUUUGUUGGAAUACGAAACCGGCUUCAAGGUGAGGAAAACAGAUAGUUAUGACGUGGCAAAUGUGCCUCAAAAUAAAAAAAAAAAAAAAGUUUCGCGGGCAACCGGAUUCGAACCCUGGUCUCAUGCACGGUAGUCAAAAACGAUAACCACUUGAACGUAUCUCUCUUUUCUCCCGCAGCGCAAAUGUUGGUGGAAAGAUAGCUGACUGCAUUGCAACGUCAUAACUAUUUUCCAGAUCUAUGAAUCGACCCAAAGACAUUUGUCAAAAGCGGAGUAUCUAAUUAUUCCUAGAACAGUAAUAAGCAAUGAUGAACAGGCAAUUGAACAACUUAGAGUUUUGUACGAAAAAUAUAAGGAGAAAAUGCUAAUUUAUGGGAGUGCUGAAGAAAUGUUGGAAUAUUUGAAACGGAUCGAUCGAAUUGAAUACCUAGUGCAGAAGUAUAUGACAUCAACGACUUGGAAUCGGUAAGUCGCAAGAUCGUGAUCUCUAGAUUGACAUAGCUGAAAAAUCAAUAGCCAUGCUAGUAAAUACAUGAAAACCUAUGACGUUUGUGCUUACAAUCAGAAUAUAGCUGUCCAAACUAUCUAAAAAAAAAAGAAGAAAAAUGGGCACCUGGUGGGGCUCGAACCCUGCUUUCUCAAACGGUCGGCAGCCGUGCAAACCACUCGACCAAGCUGCAUUUAUUUUUGUUGUCAAAAAUAUCAUAUAUUUUUGCAGUCUUCCCUCCAGCUGUCCAAAAUACAAGGAUAUCACUGGCAAAAUCACUUGUGUUACAAAUGCUGAGGCUUUCGGAUACAUGAGAACAGAAUUGACAGCGAAAAUCGAUGAAUUCGCGAUAUUUUUCGCUGGAUCUUGUAAAGCGAGUUUCACUGAAUAUAUUUGGAACAUAACUUGUCUAUCAAAAUGGGGUGAAUAUAAAAAAAGAAUGAUAACUGAUGAAUCGUGGAAAAGUGUGUAUGAAAAAUUGUGUGAAGUUUGCGAUUUUGAGAAAUUCAAAUUCAAAUAUGUGGAAGAACAUCGAGAAAGAGAGGAAUUGGACAAAUUGAUGGAGGAUUUCAAGGAACAUAGAGAUCGGUAUUAUUCUGACGAUUUUCUUCGAUAUCUGCAAAAUCCGAAUAUCAACAAAAUCUAUGCGGUUGUUGCAUAUUUACAUGAUGCAAUCAGGCCACUUCAAAAGGAACUCAAGAGCCUUGUAACAACCAAAAAGGUUUGAUUUUUAAUUUUGUUUUUUAUUUUUUCAAACCAAGAAAAUAGUUAUUUCCAUGCUAAUUUCUAUUUUCCUCAAAAAAAUGCAAAAAAAUUGCAAAAAAUAAAAAGAAAACAACAAAACUCCGCUUGCCCGUUGUUUAGCGCAAAAGAAGAGGAAAUUUGAUUUCGAGUUUCUUUUUGUAAAUUGUUUUACUUUUUUCUAUGCAAAUUGUCAUUUUCCUCAAAAAAAUGAAAAAAAUUUGCGAAUAAAUAAAAAGUAAACAACGAGACUCCGCGUUGACGGCAGCGCGCGCGGUUUGAAUUUAUUUUUUUUUCAAUGAACUUCCAUAUUUCAGCGAAAAUUUAUCCAAACGAUCUGAAUUUUUCUGACGAUCUAGAAAACUGUAAAACUAAGCAAAAUCUCAAAUCUUUCAGGCUUCACCAGAUUUCCAACCAAUAAUUCGUCGAUUCAAAGGAGCAAACUACGAAUUUUAUCUAGCACAAGAAGUUAGCCAAGCGUUCCCAGAAGAAGAUGUUAUGCCAGAAAAGGAAAGUAUUUCACAAUGUUUCAUCGUGGAUUCCCCAACUUUCGAUGAGAUUCUCGCAAAAUACGGUGCAAACAGUAUUAUAAUCGUCGAAAUUCCACUCGAAACUAAUUCUCGAAACAACGUUUAUCCGAUUUGUAAUUCAAGAGGAAUUCAUAAGCGUCUAGUUUGGGAAGAAAUCGAAGAUGAUUUGUAUAAACAAAUUGUGAUUGCAAAAUAUUGUGAAACUGGGAAUAUUUAUGAAUAUGCUGAAAGACACUCACAGAGAGCCCUGAAACCAAUAAUGUAUUUAACGGUUUGUGAAAAUGGAGGGCUUUAGAGAUAUUGGAGGGCUUUAGAAAAACAAGUUUCAAGACGCGGCGCCUUUAUAUAAUCUAUGUCAAGGAGCAGCGCCUUGAGACGACCUAUCUCAAGGAUCCGAGCCUUGAGACAACCUAUCUCAAGGAUCCCAGCCUUGAGAUAAUCCAUGUCAAGGAGCGGAGCCUUGAAAUAAUCCAUGUCAAGGAGCAGCGCCUUGGAAUAAUCUAUGUCAAGGAGCGAAGCCUUGGGAUAAUCUAUGUCAAGGAGAAGAGCCUUGAGAUACUUUAUGUCAAGGAGCAGCGCUUUGAGAUACGUUAUGUCAAGGAGCAGCGCCUUGGGAUAAUCUAUGUCAAGGAGCGUAGCCUUGAGAUGAUAUAUCUCAAGCAGCGGCGCCUUGAGAUAAUCCAUGUCAAGGAUCCGAACCUUGACAAGGGAACCUUUUUUACUCAACACUUAAAAUCAUGAUGAAAUUUGGUCCAUGGACAGCUUUUGGGACCAUAAGAACACCUUAAAAAUUUAAGUCUCCCAAUGGACCUCUGAGCCAAGUUCUGGGCUCUCAAAAGUUCAAAAAAGGCCUAAAAAUGGUCAUAAAAGUCAUCAUAGCACCAUUUCAAAUUUUUUUUCGGGAGAAAUGAAGUUUCAGAUAUUGAUCAGCAUAGUCGAUUACCUAAAAGUACAUCAAUAAAAAUCUUUAUUUCGAAAAAUUUUGAAGUUUUUUAUUUUUCGGCUGAAAAUUCAUGAAAAUUCAUAUGUGCCCCUGCUCAUUCUUUUUUUCAAAAUCAAAAUUUUUUCUAAAAAUUUGAUUUAUUGAUGCUUUUUGGGUAAAUCGACCACGCUGAUCAUCAUCUGCUACUCAGUUUUUGAUAAAAAUUAUCAAAAAUUGAGUUAUGACGUGUUUUAUGAGCCAAUUUUGGCAAUUUUCGAACUUUUGAGAGCCCAGAACUUGGCUCAGAGGUCCAUUGGGAGACUAAAAUUUUUAGGGUGUUCUUAUGACCCCAAAAGCUAUCUAUGGACAAAAUUUCAUCAAGAUUUGAAGUGUUGAGUAAAAAAGGUUUCCUUGUGAGAUACAUUAUGUCAAGGAGUGGAGCCUUGAAAUGAUUUUUGCCAAGCAACGGCGCCUUGAGAAAAUCAAUAAUUUUUUCAGUGGUUCAGAAAAUCGUUGUGUUUUCAUCCGGAAACUUCGGAAACUCCCCUAAUAUCAUUCAAAGAACAAUAUACGAAACCAGAAGUGCUAGAAAUAAUCAAAAAAUUGGUGGAAGAUCAUUUAAUCGAAGAUCAAGAGAUCAAUGGAAUCAUCGAUCAAGUUUUCGAACUUCUUCCAUCUCUCAAUUAUAAGCAAAUGCAUGAUUUAUAUUAUCAAAUAAUUUUGAGGAAUAUUUUAAAAUUUUGCCCAAAUUUUGCGAAAUUGAAGGAGAAUCAGGGAAAAUACAAGAAAAAUCAGGAAUUGGAUUUGAUUUAUAAAGCUGUGGAGCAAUUCUAUGAAUUGAAUGGAUCUUGUGCUGAUUGUGAGACUAGAACUGCAGCUUUAAAAGAUGAACUUAUUGCGUUGAGAAGGUAGGGGCUAAAAAGAAAAAAAAAUUGUGCGCCGGGUGGGGAUCGAACCCUGGUUUUGCAAAUAUUUGGCAGAAAUGCAAACCGUUCGGCCGCGCUUGAAAUGAAUUGAAAAAAAUUGUUUGCAGAAGUCAAAAAAAACAACUGGAGGAGAUCAGGAAAUUGAAAAAAGAUCGGAAAAUAUGUGAAAAGCAAAAAAAUGAUGUGCUGAAUGUGGUUUGUGGGCUCAAAAAUCAUUUGAAUGAGAGCCAAAAUGAGUUGAUUGAUGGGAUCAUUUCGAAAAUGAAUGAAGAAAUUGUGCAAGAUUACGAUCAUGAUGACUUUGAUUAUGAGAUGAUAGCUUUGAAAUAUGAGCAAUAA